AUGUCAACGGCAGUUGUUCAGUCGCCUGGCCAUGACGAAUCUGAUGAUUCCCUCUAUCCGAUUGCCGUCCUCAUUGACGAACUUCGGAAUGAAGAUGUCCAUCUACGAUUGAACAGCAUUAGGAAGCUCUCAACAAUAGCACUCGCACUCGGUGUCGAACGUACUCGUAAUGAACUCAUCCAGUUUCUAACAGGAUACAAUACUUACGAAUGA